CCGCGCCGCGCCUCCCUCCGCCGCGCCUUCCCCCAUUCUCCCGGAUUAAUUAAGGAGGCAGCGGCAGGAGGCUGAGUCCUGGCCGCGGGCCGGGGCCGGGGCGCCGCUGGCAGGAGCGCUUGGGGAUCCUCCAAGGUGACCAUGGCCUUGUUGGGGAAGCGCUGCGACAUUCCCACCAACGGCUGCGGGCCCGACCGCUGGAGCUCCGCCUUCACCCGCAAAGACGAGAUCAUCACCAGCCUCGUGUCUGCCUUAGAUUCCAUGUGCUCGGCGCUCUCCAAGCUGAAUGCGGAGGUGGCCUGUGUCGCUGUGCACGAUGAGAGCGCCUUCGUGGUGGGCACCGAGAAGGGGAGGAUGUUCCUGAGCACACGGAAGGAGCUGCAAUCAGACUUCCUCAGGUUCUGCCGAGGGGCCCCAUGGAAGGAGCCGGAGGCAGAGCAUCCCAAGAAGGUGCCGCGGGGCGAGGGUGGCGGCCGGAACGUCCCUCGGUCUUCCCUGGAGCGCGGCUCGGACGUGUACCUUCUGCGGAAGAUGGUAGAGGAGGUGUUUGAUGUUCUUUAUAGCGAGGCCCUGGGAAGGGCCAGCGUGGUGCCCCUGCCGUACGAGAGGCUGCUCAGGGAGCCGGGGCUGCUGGCCGUGCAGGGGCUGCCCGAGGGCCUGGCCUUCCGGAGGCCAGCCGACUACGACCCCAAGGCCCUCAUGGCCAUCCUGGAGCACAGCCACCGUAUCCGCUUCAAGCUCAAGAGGCCGCUUGAGGAUGGCGGGCGGGACUCAAAGGCCUUAGUGGAGCUGAAUGGCGUCUCCCUGAUAGCCAAGGGGUCUCGGGACUGUGGCCUGCAUGGCCAGGCCCCCAAGGGGCCACCCCAGGACCUACCCCCCACCGCCACCACCUCCUCUGUGGCCAGCUUCCUGUACAGCAGUGCACUCCCUAACCACACCACGAGAGAGCUCAAGCAGGAGGCGCCCGCCUGCCCACUUGCCCCCAGCGACCUGGGCCUUGGCCGGCCCGGGCCUGAGCCCAAGGCCUCUGGUGCCCAGGACUUCCCCGACUGCUGUGGACAGAAGCCCCCCGGGCCUGGUGGUCCUCUCAUCCAGAAUGUCCACGCCUCGAAGCGCAUCCUCUUCUCCAUCGUCCACGACAAGUCAGAGAAGUGGGACGCCUUCAUAAAGGAAACCGAGGACAUCAACACGCUCCGGGAGUGCGUGCAGAUCCUGUUUAACAGCAGAUAUGCGGAAGCCCUGGGCCUGGACCACAUGGUCCCCGUCCCCUACAGGAAGAUUGCCUGCGACCCAGAGGCCGUGGAAAUUGUGGGCAUCCCCGACAAGAUCCCCUUCAAGCGCCCCUGCACGUAUGGGGUCCCCAAGCUGAAGCGGAUCCUGGAGGAGCGACAUAGCAUCCACUUCAUCAUUAAGAGGAUGUUCGAUGAGCGAAUUUUCACAGGGAACAAGUUUACCAAAGACCCCACAAAGCUGGAGCCAGCCAGCCCACCGGAGGACACCUCUACAGAGGUCUCCCGUGCCACUGUCCUCGACCUGCCUGGGACCGCUCGGCAAGUCACAGACACAGGAAUGCUCCAGAAUCAGUUCGCUUUGCCCAGCCCAGCUCGCACCCACCCACACCUGACCCCUCCUUUCCUCUUCACAGGAACGUCAGGGGAGCUGAGUGGGCUGAGGCCCAUUAAAAUCGAACCAGAAGAUCUAGAUAUCAUUCAGGUCACUGUCCCAGACCCUUCGCCAGCCUCUGAGGAAAUGACAGACUCAAUGCCUGGGCAUCUGCCCUCGGAAGAUUCUGGUUAUGGGAUGGAGAUGCUGACUGAGAAAGGCCCCAGCGAGGACCCGCGGCCUGAGGAGAGGCCCACAGAAGACAGCCACGGUGACGUGAUCCGGCCCCUGCGGAAGCAGGUGGAACUGCUCUUCAACACGCGAUACGCCAAGGCCAUUGGCAUCUCGGAGCCCGUCAAGGUGCCCUACUCCAAGUUCCUGAUGUAUCCGGAGGAGCUGUUUGUGGUGGGGCUGCCUGAAGGCAUCUCCCUCCGCAGGCCCAACUGCUUUGGGAUCGCCAAGCUCCGGAAGAUCCUGGAAGCCAGCAACAGCAUCCAGUUUGUCAUCAAGAGACCCGAGCUGCUCACCGAGGGAGUCAAAGAGCCCAUCGCGGACAGCCAAGAGAGGGAUUCCGGGGACCCUCUUGUGGACGAGAGCCUGAAGAGACAGGGUUUUCAAGAAAACUACGACGCUCGACUCUCGCGCAUCGACAUCGCCAACACGCUGCGGGAGCAAGUCCAGGACCUGUUCAAUAAGAAAUACGGAGAAGCCCUGGGCAUCAAGUACCCGGUCCAGGUCCCCUACAAGCGGAUCAAGAGUAACCCCGGCUCGGUGAUCAUCGAGGGGCUCCCCCCGGGAAUCCCCUUCCGAAAGCCCUGCACCUUUGGCUCCCAGAACCUGGAGAGGAUCCUUGCAGUGGCUGACAAGAUCAAGUUCACGGUCACCAGGCCUUUUCAAGGACUCAUCCCAAAGCCUGAUGAAGAUGACGCCAACAGACUAGGGGAGAAGGUGAUCCUCCGCGAGCAGGUGAAGGAGCUCUUCAAUGAGAAAUACGGUGAGGCUCUGGGCCUGAACCGGCCUGUGCUGGUCCCUUACAAACUGAUCCGGGACAGCCCGGAUGCCGUCGAGGUCACGGGCCUGCCCGACGACAUCCCUUUCCGGAACCCCAACACAUACGACAUCCACCGGCUGGAGAAGAUCCUGAAGGCCCGAGAGCACGUCCGCAUGGUUAUCAUCAACCAGCUCCAACCUUUUGCAGAAAUCUGCAAUGACGCCAAGGUGCCAGCCAAAGACAGCAGCAUUCCCAAGCGCAAGAGAAAGCGGGUCUCCGAAGGGAACUCCUUCUCCUCCUCCUCCUCGUCUUCCUCCUCCUCGUCCUCUAACCCAGAGUCCGUGGCGUCUACCAACCAGCUCUCACUCGUGCAAUGGCCAAUGUACAUGGUGGACUAUGCCGGCCUGAACGUGCAGCUCCCGGGACCUCUGAAUUAUUAGACCUCAGUGCUGAAUCAGGACCUCACUCAGAAAGACUAAAGGAAAUGUAAUUUAUGUACAAAGUGUAUAUUCGGAUAUGUAUCGAUGCCUUUUAGUUUUUCCAAUGAUUUUUACACUAUAUUCCUGCCACCAAGGCCUUUUUAAAUAAGUAAAAAAAAAAAAAAAAA